AUGGUGUCCUGCUCUGACGAUGUCAGGCGCAUGACGGACGAAAGCUCAGCAAGGAUUAAUCGGGGUCGCAUGGCGAUGCGCCGAGGGCCUAUUCGUACAAAUCCACAAUCACAGCUCCAAGGCAAUCCUCCUACAGCCUCGGGUGGAAACAACUUACGAAUACUUUCCACUUGCUUCUUCAAGCGCAAUGAAAGGUACUCAAACAUUGAUAAAUUAGAGUAUUUUCAGCUGAAAUGA